CCCACGAUUCCGAUUUUUGGUUCCUUUUCGAUCUUCUAUAUAUUUUCAAGAGGGAAACCCACAUUCUUUAUAUCACAGAUAGCUUCAAUCUUCUUCAAAAUUGCCUCUGAUCUCAAUUCAAAUUUUGCCCUAGUUUACUUUUUCUUUCGUUUCCAAUCUUCUCCAUGGAGUCUUGCAGGAGUUCGUUUUCUUUGACCUCCUCCAAUGACGCUGUCGUUAGGGCAGAAUCUUCUCACUGCCUCGCUGGCGAAGUCCAUGUGAUCAUCGGCCCUAUGUUUGCUGGGAAGACCACCGCGCUCCUCCGCCGGAUCAAAUCUGAGAGCAACAGUGGCAGGAACGUGGUGAUGAUCAAGUCAAGUAAGGAUACAAGGUACGCCAUUGAUUCAGUAGUAACACAUGAUGGGGCCAAAUUUCCAUGCUGGGCAUUGCCAGAUCUUUCAUCUUUCCGACAGAAAUUUGGAGAAGAUGCUUAUAAUAAGCUGGAUGUGAUUGGUGUUGAUGAAGCUCAAUUUUUUGAUGAUCUCUAUGAUUUUUGCUGUAAUGUGGCUGAUAAAGAUGGCAAAAUCAUUGUCGUUGCUGGCUUAGAUGGAGAUUACCUUAGGAGGAGCUUUGGUUCAGUGCUUGAUGUUAUCCCUCUGGCUGACACAGUAACAAAGUUGACAGCUAGAUGUGAACUUUGUGGUAAAAGAGCUUUCUUCACCUUGAGAAAAACAGAGGAGACAGAGACCGAGCUUAUCGCCGGGGCUGAUGUCUAUAUGCCUGUGUGCCGCCAACAUUAUGCCAAUGGACAAGAAGUCAUACAAUCUUCCAAGAAUGUCCUGGGAUCUCGAACUAUUAGAACUGGCUCAAAUCUAGAGGCACUUCCUUCACUUAUCUAAAAUCAAUUUGUCCUUUUUUUUUUUUUUUUUUUUUUUUUUUUUUUUAAAAUAAAAGACUAAAUGCUUUGCUUUCGCCUGUGUAUUUCCAUGUGUUUCUAACAUAUGAAACCCCUUUUUUCUUUUUUGUGGAAAUAGUAUAUGUAACUUCCUUCAUCCAAUAUUACAAAGUAACAUAUUUCUCUUCUGGAAGGGGCUACUAUGAGAGAAAUCCAGUAAUGCGAAGAAAAAAGAACUCAAACCCAAGUGGAAAUAGAAGAUUUCAUUGCA